AUGGCGACUACAACCACAACAGAGGUCUUUUCUCUCGAGAACGAAGCUAAACCCGCCUUGCCCGAUCUGCAGCAACAGCAACAGCAAAUUCAAUCACCAUCCACGGCAGCCUCGGCACGAACAAUUGAGCCUCUCAACAUCGAAUCCACCCCAGACACAGAGCCCAACUACCCAACGGGCACCAAAUUUUGGUUCACCAUCAUCGCAAUAUGCAUGAUCCUUAUUCUCGGAGGGCUAGAUGCCAACAUCGUCGCUACGGCCGUGCCGAGCAUCACUGACCACUUCCAUACCGUCGCCGACGUAGGCUGGUACUCGUCUGCAUUUCGGCUCUGCACCUGCGCGUUCCAAUUCGGGUUCGCGAAGCUGUAUAAGCUCUUCUCAAUCAAGGCCGUCUUUUUGGCGAGCAAUGUGAUAUUCCUCGUCGGCUCUUUACUCUGUGCCACGGCUGCUUCAUCGACCAUGUUCAUUGUAGGGAGAGCAGUAACGGGUAUGGGGUUCGCGGGUGAGUUGGCUGGGUGUUUUGCAGUCGCGGUGCAUAUUAUGCCGCUCAACAAGCGACCCGUGUUUGCGGGUUUGAUGGCGUGUGUGGAAUCGCUUGCGAUCAUUGCUGCGCCUAUAGUUGGUGGUGCAUUGACCCAGUCUCUGGGGUGGAGAUGGUGUUUUUGGUAUGCUCUUCUCGGCACUGGCAGGAUCAAGGUAUCUUGA